AUGCCAUCGGAUAUGUGGCGAAUAGCACCGGUUUUAAUACUGUCAGCAGUACCAUUUGGAAACUAUAUAAUUUUUCCUCUUGCCUUUAUGAAACCUAAAAAAUUACUGUGCUCACAUUUCUGGUCAAUUCAACAAAAGGCACAGUUCUCAAUAGAAGAUCUAAAGGAAAGACUAAGAAAUAAUCGUCCUGUUUUAAGAGCACUGCAAGCUAAACUAGAUUAUGUACCAGAUAGCAGUGCUAAGGAGAAGUGGAGGAGAGUUCUAGCCUUGUUAGGUUCUGGUGUGCAUCCAUCACCAAAUGAAGUUUUGGCCUGUAAAGAAUUGUUCACUAAAGACCCAUACCAUUUAAACUAUCUAUCUUAUUCUCAUAUGGGAUACCUUCUUAAAAUGCUUGAGCAAUUGUCAGAGAAGGAGGAG